UUGACGGGAAACAGCUUUAGAUGCGUGCUCGCGAGCCUGCUAGGAGUUAUACGAGAUGUGUCCUGGACUGCUGGCUUUAAGACUCGCGGCACUGUUCGUGCUGCUGCCCUGUUUGCUCUUCUUCAAUGUGGACGAGAAGAACGGGAUGUCCUUCACCGGCCCCGUGGACGACAUGUUCGGCUACACUGUGCAGCAGUUUGAGAACAGUGAAGGGAAGUGGGUUCUGGAUUGGUUCUCCUCUGAAGGGACAGCCGCCAGGCGGACUGGAGAUGUCUACAAAUGUCCAGUGGGUCAUGGCAGUUCUUCUGACUGUGUAAAAUUAAAUUUGCCAGGUGAGAUCCUUGCACCACACGACAUUCCAGACAUCCAUGAAAUCAAAGAAAACAUGAAUGGAACGACGCUGGUCGCUAAUCCGGAUGGGAACGGAUUCCUGGCAUGUGGUCCCCAGUAUGGCUACAUGUGUGGAAAGUUGCAGUACACAACAGGCAUCUGCUCCAAUGUUAGUUCCUCCUUCAAAGUGCUGAACUCGAUUGCCCCAACCAUUCGAGAGUGCCAGCAGGAAAUGGACGUUGUCAUCGUUCUGGAUGGGUCUAACAGCAUUUACCCGUGGGAAGAAAUCAGAAGAUUUCUGGUCAAGUUUCUGAAGAACAUCGAGAUCCCCCCAGCAAGGGUGGGAAUUGUGUCAUAUGGAGAUGAUGUUGGCCAUGAACUUAACCUUAGCCAAUUCAGCAACACCCAUGACCUCAUUAAAUUUGCAAGCUUAAUUCCACAGAGAACUGGACAGAAAACCAUGACUGCUCUUGGCAUUGACACAGCACGGAGGGAAGCUUUUACCACGGAGCGAGGGGCGAGACCAGGGGUGAAAAAGGUCAUGGUGAUUGUUACAGAUGGAGAGUCACAUGACCACUACAACCUGAAGAGUGUCAUUAAUGAGUGUGAGAAAGAUGGCAUCGAGAGAUUUGCCAUUGCUGUGCUUGGUGAUUAUAACCGACAGAAUAAAAGUGCUCAACAAGUUCAGAAUUUCAUUAACGAAAUCAAGCUCAUCGCAAGUGAGAAAAAAGAAGAUCACUUCUUCAAUGUGGAAGAUGAGCUGGCCUUGGUGAACAUUUCGGACACACUUGGAAGAAAGAUCUUUGCAUUAGAGGCUACCUCUGGGAAUCACACCUAUUCAUUUGAGAUGGAGAUGUCUCAGGCAGGCUUCAGUGCUCACACAUCUAGAGACGGAGUGAUGCUGGGUGCUGUGGGGGCUUAUGACUGGAAUGGAACCGUUGUCAUGACGACAGGGAGCGAGGUCGUGGUUCCUGGCAAGAACACCUUCCACGACCCGCAGAAGCAGAAGUACGAGGGCAUGGCAGCAUACGUGGGUUACGAUGUACAGUCAGCGUACACACCUUCGGGAGUUCUGUACAUCACUGGAGCGCCACGGUUUAACCACAGUGGCCGUGUCACUGUGUACCAGCUCCAUGACAAAAGCAUCAGUGUUACACAGAACCUGAAUGGAGAGCAGAUUGGCUCCUACUUUGGCAGCGUUCUCCAGACACUCGAUGUUAACGGUGACUCCUACACAGACCUCCUGCUCGUGGGGGCUCCUAUGUACAUGGGGCCAGAGAGGGAUGAACAGGGACAAGUCUACGUGUACAAGCUUAAUACGGAGGGCGUGUUUGACCAUCACAUGACACUGAAGCCGGUGAAUCAGUCAUGUUGCCGAGCGCAUUCCCACGGUUCCUGUACAAGCGAGAACGUAAACGAGCCGUGUGGUGCUCGCUUUGGCACGGCCAUCGCAGCUGUUCCUGACCUCAACCUGGACGGUUUCAACGACGUGGUGAUUGGCGCACCGCUGGAGAACGACCACCGCGGGGCGGUGUAUAUCUACCAUGGCACGCAGGAUACAAUACGGGACAAAUAUGCUCAACGCAUAGCAGCUGGAGGAGACGGUAAAAGGAUGAAGUUCUUUGGCCAGUCCAUUCAUGGGGUCAUGGACCUGAAUGAUGAUGGCAUUGUAGACAUCACUAUUGGAGGCAUAGGAGGGGCUGCGCUGUACUGGUCUCGGGAUGUUGCAGAGCUCCAUGCAACUAUGACCUUCAAUGUUACUAAGAUCAACCUCCAGCAGCCGUCUUGUGAGAUACGGGGGAAAACCACAGUGUGUGUGCAUGUCACAGUGUGUUUCACAUACAAUAUCAAGUCUGAAAAAGAGACACAGCCAGAGACUGUGAUUAGCUACAAUUUGACUCUGGACUCCUUGAGGGUGAUCGCAAGAGGAAGGUUUGUGAAAACAGAUGAAAAGAGAAUCCAGCGCAACUCCACCAUCACAGAUCACCUGUGCACCGAACACGAAGACCUUGCCUUCUACAUGUCGGACAAACUGGACUUCAGGGACCCACUCAUGGUGUUGCUGGAGUUUGGACUGGUGGAUGACAGUGGCCCGGUGCUGGACGGGGAUCUACCGACAUCAGUCAAUAAGACGAUUGCUUUGGUCGAUUGCGGAAGCCAUGAUAAGUGCAUCGCUGAUUUACGGCUCAGAGCAGAGGCCAACAUCAGCAGCCUGGUCAUCAAGGCCAGCCAGGAGAAGUUCCACAUCAGCAUAAGUGUGGAGAACAGAGGAGACAGUGCCUACAACACCAAGGUCGUGCUGAGCCCCACAGAGAACAUCAACUAUGUCAAAGUGGAGUCUAAAGAUAAAGAGUGUGAGCCAGACAGCACGAGGGUGGUGUGUGCUGUGGGAUAUCCAUUCCUCAAAUCGAAUGCCAAGGAAAACUUCAGUGUAAUCUUUGAGGUCAAUCCUAUGCACUUUCGUAAAGAUAUUGUCAUCAACAUCACUUCGAGCAGUGACAGUGAGGAGUUUGAACUCAGUGAUAAUUCUGAGCACAUCUCAAUCCCUGUGAAGUAUGAGACCAGACUGAAGUUCACUGUUCAUAAGAUGAUGAAAGAGGACCACAUAAUCGUGAAGGAGGGGGAUACCUGGCCCAGAGUAAUCAGCAACACCAGUGCUAUUGGAGAUGAGAUGAACAUUAGCUACAUGAUAGAGCAGGACACUGAGGUUUGGCAGUCACCCUUGCAGUUGACUGUGACAUUCCCGUACAUCACACCCAGCAACAACAAGCUUCUCUAUCUCACGCAUGUCGCCUCCACUACCAACAUCAUCUGUCAAACACACAACCUGGUCAACCAACUGAACAUCAGCCCACAGAACCCUAUGACUGACACACCUAAAGCAGAGACCCUUAGCAACUUCCUUGUGAGCUGUCAAGAGAAGGCGAACCCUUGUAAAUCGUUUAGCUGUUUCAUUCCUCCUAACAAGUUCAACCAAAUUAAUGCAACCUUCAGAGUGUGGAAGUCGACAUUCAUCAAAGGAGAGUUUUCCCAAUUCAAUCUGACCGUUCACGCAAAGCUGGAAAGCAAAGAUACAGACCUCUUCCAGCUAAGCAGAGGGGAUGAGUAUAGAGAGGUCCGUGUUGAGAUCUUGAAAGAGUUACGGAGUGGAAUUCCACUCUGGAUUAUUAUUCUGAGUAUUCUCAUAGGACUUUUGAUUCUGGCACUGGUCAUCUUCGCCCUUUGGAUGGCUGGAUUCUUUAAGAGAAAAUCAGUGGAAGAGAUGAAAGAGGACAUGAAAGAUGAGUAAGCAUUAUAGUCAGUAGGUCUGCAACCCAGAACCCUCAGGUCGAACUUGCACUUACCCCCAGAGACUACAGAGGGCACUGUCUAGCAGCAUGGCUGUGAUGCAUGAGUGUCCCUCACACACACCUGACAAUCAGGGCCCGGAAUGUCUAGUAUUCCGUAAUGUCUCCAGAAACACUUCUACUCCAGGACUACUCCUAAGGCGUGUUGCAAACACCAAACUGUUGCAAACACCAAAGUCACAUAACUGAACUGAUCUCUGUGGUUGGCCCUGACCACUGUCAAAGGAUCAACAGGCCCGCAGAGUAUAUUACUCAACCGUGAAAAGUCUUCAGUGCUGGUAUCUCCAGUCUACCAGGGCUAGACACCAAGGUUUGUGCAUAAAAACUAAACAGAACCUGAAACCACACACCACCACAGCUGAGGAGAACGCACCACCAUUUAAAAGCAUGACCUUUAUGAAAUGCCCCUAAUGCCCUGUGGCUGUGCACUGAUAACUCCACCUCCAUACACACACCCUCAAUGACCCCACCACCGCUCACACAUUCGUGUAGGUAGCAGUCACCAUGCAAAUGGAGGCUUUCACAAAAAUGAACUGCAUGUUUUAAAGGUUGUUGUUUUUUUAACCCACUGUAAAUUCGUUCUUUGAGCUCAUUAUAUAUAAUUUGUUUUCUUUAUUUUUAAGAUAACUUCGAGCACAUCCUUUGGUGGUAUGAAAAGUUUUUUACACAGUUAUUCCUCGUCUCAGUUAUGAGGAAUGUAAUUGAUCGUACUGUAAAUGUAUAUAAAGCUAAAGGUGUAUAGAGCAGAGUUUACAAUAAUGCUUGUCAUUUAAAGCUUUUUUCAAAAUGAGUAAUACAGCCGCAACCACUAUUUCUUGUUUGGAAAAGACUUCCAUUGCUGUGAGGUUACUUGGUGUUUAAGGUAAUUUAUCUCAAAACAUAUUUUCUUAAAAUUGAUUGAAAAGCAAAUGUUAAAUCAUUUGUUUGGUGAAAUUUUAACCCUAACAUUUUUAGUUCCUCUUCUUUGUGUUUCACUGUUUCUUUUUUGUCUGUUGUAUUAUCAUAACAUCUAGACAAUGUCUAGUUUUAACUGUAUAAAUAAUGCAAGAUAAAGUAUGAUAAUGUUGGUUUUGGGGAAUUAAAUUUUGCCUGGUGCAGACAUGGUAUUUACAAAAUGCAAUUUUGACAAAUUUUGACAAAUUAAGUCAAGUUGAAUUAAUUUAAUACUCUCUCAAUGAUCUGAAUAAAUAUUUAUAUUAUUAGUUA